AUGGUGCUAACAAAGGUCUGCCAGAAUGUCCUGUUGCUCAGUACUCCACUAAGGUCUUUGAGGCUGAAUCUGGGGUCUCUGGCAUUGGUCUCAGGAAAAUUACUUUGCGGUGGCUUGACCUUAUUGGUGUUUGCAAGUGGAAUUUUCGAUGAGUGUAGUAAAUUAAAAGUCAGGUGUGACCAAGUUUCUGAUCGAACCAAAAUCAUUACAGAAGAUGAAGCUUUUCACUUGAAAGAAGAAGCUGUUCCGCUUCGUCCUACAGAGAGUAGUCCAAAUAGACAGCCAAAUCUUCUUAGCAGAAUGUCGCUCUGCUUUGCAAUCAGUCGUAACUUUGUGCAAUUGUUAAGUACAGCCCAGCCAAAGAAGAAUAUCCAGUGUCUAAAUGGUAUCCGUGUUCUCAGUAUGUUCUGGGUUAUCUUUGGUCACACAAGUAGCUUCUUGUUUACGUCACGCAUUGUAGGCUCAGGGCCAAGGAUGGGCCAAUAG